AUGGUCAAGGCAAAGGCACCCGUCUACGUCCUCGGCGUGGGCAUGACCAAGUUCAUCAAGCCCCGCGGCAAGGUCGACUACACGGAGCUCGGUUUCGAGGCCGGUGUCAAGGCCCUGCUCGAUGCCCAGAUCAACUACGACGACGUCGACCAGGGCGUGGCCUGCUACUGCUACGGCGACUCCACCUGCGGCCAGCGCGUGUUCUACCAGUUCGGCAUGACCCAGAUCCCCAUCUACAACGUCAACAACAACUGCUCGACCGGCUCGACCGGUCUCUACAUGGGCCGCUCCCUCAUCGGCAACGGCGGCGCCGACUGCGUCAUGGUCGUCGGCUUCGAGAAGAUGAUGCCUGGCUCGCUGCAGAGCUUCUUCAACGACCGCGCCAACCCCACCGGCACCACGGCCGAGAUGAUGCGCGCGACCCGCGGCAUAACCAACGCCCCCGGCGCCGCGCAGAUGUUUGGCAACGCCGGCCGCGAGUACAUGGAGAAGCACGGCGCCACGGCCGAGGACUUUGCCGAGAUCGCCCGCGUCAACCACGCCCACUCCGUCAAGAACCCCUACUCCCAGUUCCAGGACGUCUACACCCGCGACCAGAUCCUGGCCUCGCCCACCAUCCACGACCCCCUCACCAAGCUGCAGUGCUGCCCCACGUCCGACGGCGGCGCCGCCGUCGUUCUCGUGUCGCAGGCCUUCCUCGACGCCCGCCCCCACCUCAAGGACCAGGCCGUCCUCAUCGCCGGCCAGUCCCUGUGCACCGACGACCCGUCCCUCUUCUCCCGCAGCGCCGUCGACCUCAUGGGCUACGCCAUGAGCCAGCGCGCCGCCCACGAGGCCACGACCGAGGCCGGCCUGACCCCCCACGACGUCCAGGUCGUGGAGCUGCACGACUGCUUCAGCACCAACGAGAUGGUCACCCUCGACGCCAUUGGCCUGCCCGAGGGCCGCGUCGGCGCCCCCCGCGGCGGCGCCGUCGACCUCGUCCGCCGCGGCGGCAUCACCUACGGCGGCCGCUACGUCGUCAACCCCUCGGGCGGCCUCAUCAGCAAGGGCCACCCGCUGGGCGCCACGGGCCUGGCGCAGUGCGCCGAGCUCGUCUGGCACCUGCGCGGCUGGGCCAACAACCGCGCCGUCCCCCACACCCGUGCCGCCCUGCAGCACAACCUGGGCCUCGGCGGCGCUGCCGUCGUCGCCGUCUACAAGCGCGCCGACGGCCAGGAGGCCCCCGUGCUCGACGACGCCACCGUCGGCCGCCUCAACCGCCUGGGCUACAACCCGGCCACGCAGGCCAAGGGCUUCACGGCCGAGCAGGCCCGCUCGGUGCGCAGCAAGUCCAAGGCCAGCGACUGGGCCCUGGGCGACACCGAGGCCAAGGUCGAGGCGCGCUUCUAA